AUGGCAUCGCCAAAGAAAUACAUUAAAUUUGGAAAUGCAGAAAUCGAUCAAUAUGGAAGCCACAAAAGAUCUGAAUAUGAAGAACAUGAUUUCUCUGACGAUGGACGGGCCAGCAGUGAUCUGGAAUUUCUUCUAAAGCGCUUCAUGAAGCGGGAUGCACUGCCCACUUCUCCAUACAAGCUGGCCAGAGUGGAUGUCACUGACCGAACAUUUUGGCACAGUCCAAAAGAUGUCGACAUAGGCAUGGGUGCAGUGGUGGCCCUCAAGGAGCUCACAAAAGCAGGCUCUGCAAGUGACCUCAGGGUACUGCAGUUCAAUACUGACUGCUUGCAUGCACUGUCAGCCAUAUGUAAGAAGAUCAUUGACAAGUGCCCAUUGAAGUAUGCCACUGUCCAGAACAUGACUUGCUUGGACCCAGCCAAAAUGUGCAGCAAUCCUGAAGACAGUCUCCGUAAAAUGAAAGCCCUCAUUCAGAUGUUCGUUCAAGACAAACAACUGCCUGGCGGGAUAUCUGCUGGUGAUAUCGUUGCGCAACAGUUUGAGAAGUUCCUGUUCAACGAGGCCAAAGCUGAGCAGUUCAUGUCAUUUCGGCCCUCUGAGGACUCCAGAGUUGAUGUCUUCCUGUGCCAGCAUCUCCAGCCCUCUCCGGAACUGUGGUCAUUCUGCCGAUCCCUUCUUCUCUUGUCCCAUGGACAGGCAGCAGUUGAGAGGGGUUUCUCUGUGAAUAAGGAAGUGGAAGCCUGCAACAUGUCGGAGGACACUGUAAUUGCUCAGAGGCUUAUAUGUGAUCACGUUAGGGUUUGUGGGGGGGUGCUUAAAGUACCUCUAACAAAAGAGCUAAUUGCGUACUGCGCUUCAGCACGUACCCGCUACCGACAGCACUUGGAGGAUGAAAGGAAGAAAAGGGAAUCGGAGGGACAUUCCAAGAAGAGGUUCAUCUGACCUUGAAGAAUUUCGGAAAAAAGAGUGUGCAUUGAGGAGGUGUGCAAAUUACUAGAGCGUGAUGCAGACCGGUUGGCAGAGCAGGCUGAAAAUGCGGCAGGAACAAAAAUGGCCACCCUCAUAACGAAAUCAAACAUGUUGAGAAGAAGGGCCAAAGAAAAAUGUGAUGAGUUGAGGAAGACUAAUGAAGAGAUUGAGGCCAAAGUUGUGGAACUUAAGAAGACCUAGAUUUGCACUACAAUGUUCCUUGUCAUGGAACUAAAACCUAACUAUGUUAUGCACUGAAAAAUAAUGUUCUUUGCACAGCUGAACUCUUGAGGUUCUUGCACUUAAAUGUUCUUUGCACAGCUGAACUCUUCAGGUUCUUGCACUUAAAUGUUCUUUGCACUGCUGAACUGUUGAGGUUCUUGGUAGUUCUUUCAUUUUUUUGGUUUUUCAUGUUAAAUGUUCAUUGCUGUGAUCCACUUUUCCCAAAUGAGUGUAUAAUUAAUAACUUAGAAGACA